AUGUACAGCGUAUGGUUCACUGGACAGGAGUUUGAUCAUCUAAAUAAGGACUCCGUCAAUCUCUACACGGAUGAUGUUUCUUCAAAUUUCAACUAUAAAACGCCGUCAUUAAAAGAUACAAAGUUUGUCUCCUUCGCAGAAAGUGUCUUCAACGGACGAAGAUUGGGCAACCUGAUGUUCAACCUUGCAGCUCUCUUCUACGUCGCUGAGCACUCGAACAGGACAGCGGUCCUACCUGUGAGAAUCCCCAUUCGAUGGCUUGAUGAGUACUUUGAAGAUUCAACUCUGAUGAGGUUGCCGAACGAGUUUCUUUACGAAAGAAAUCGUCAUCCAAUUUUGAAGGAACGUUUCGGUCCAGUCGUUUAUGAUCCCAUGUUCAGAAAUCCUCAUUUUGAACCGAGACUUGAAAAGGCACUUGCACUUCUCAUCGAUGGAUACUUUCAAAGUUUCAACUACACAAUUGGACAUGAAAACAAGUUGAAGCGUGAGUUUACUUUUAAAGAUCAGACUAAAGAAGCUGUUGAAAAAUUUAUCGAUGUCCACAAAAGCGACUGCUCCUCUAAACUUCCAAUAAAAACAGUAGGUGUGCAUGUGAGAAGGGGAGAUUUUCUGAAAAAUGCAGCAGUCGAUUAUGGCUUCACAGUGGUGAAUGAAGAUUAUAUAAACUACACAGUCAAUUACUUUCACGAGUUCUUCAACACAAACUCCCAAUCAUUCAUCAUUUACUUUCUCUGCAGCGAUGAUAUAGCAUGGGUGAACCGAACGAUCGUCUAUUUGAGUCUAGCUCAAAAUUUAGAAAACACGAAAUUUGUAUUUUCAAUUGGACACGAUGCGAUGUUUGAUAUGUACUUGAUGUCGAAGAAUGAUGGAGUCAUAAUGUCAACAGGGUCGUUUUCCUGGUGGUCAGCAUGGCUGGCCAACACUACAACUCUUUAUUAUAGUAAAUUUCCCAGGACAAACUCACAAUUCAGAAGAAAUUUUGAUCCAAAGUUGUAUUACAAUCCAGAGUGGAUUGGCUAUCCUUAA